ACGCGCGAUGCCAGCGCUCGACCUGCUCUCUGUUUUUGUUUCUGCAUGAUUGUUUUCCAGCAUAGCCAUGGUGUUUUCCGGUUCCAAGCUUGAGUCCCUUUCCGUACGACCCCCAACGCCGCCGAGGGAUAUCCACGAAGCCGAUCCAGACGCCGAAGAAGUCCUGGAUUUCCUCAAAGACCCCUUUGGCACGAAAGAGCCCGUUGCCAAAUUACUCGCGGCCAAAACCCUCCUCAACACGCCCCAGACCUCGCCGUCGUCCGAGACGGGCAUCCCAUCAAGCUCUACACGAUCUUCCAGCAGAAAGAAGAAGGUCAACUUCGAGGCUCAGCUAGCCGCGGCAAAUGGCAACGUCGUAUCCUCGCAGUCCUUCAUACCGCUUCACAGCUCGCCUCUGCGUCCUUUACCCCAGACACGCGUGUCGAAGCCGCUCAAAUCGAUCCUCAAGCCGUCCGACGCCGCGUCCACACCACCACCUGCAGACCAAGGCACACCUAUACAAAACCAGUCAUUCGCCGAGAUGCUGGACUCCGUCAUGAAGCAGCUGGCUUCGCAGACCCGCUCCAAUCGUUUCGAUGGCUAUCACUCGCUCCAACGUACCAUGCAAGCAUACGACAAGCUGCCAGACCCACAGGCUCUGGUUGACAAGAUGGGCCUGAUAACACAGUUCAUAAAGCGGGACAUGUAUGCUCCAGGUAUCAGUGGCACCGGCCUGGAUACGCAGCUCCUCCAGCAGGCCUUGAAGUUUCUCAUGGCGUUGAUCCGCAUACAAGAAGUCCGGCCUGCUAUGUCGGAUGAGUUCUGCAACUUUGUUAUUGACCGAAUCAUCCAAGUUGCCGCAGACCCAAACAUGCCAAAGGUGGCUAUUAACACGCACUUGGCCGUGCUAAUGCAACAGAACUUUCGACCGAGGACGAUGACACCCAUGCGUGUAGAAAGAAUUCUGGAUGUUAUGGAUACGAUAGAAGAGCGUGUUUCCGGACUUUCUGUCUUAGCAUACCGGGUUCGAAUCUUCAGAAAAUUGAUCCAGCAACGGCCGGAAGUAAUGUCGAAGAAUACGGAGCGAUGGUUCAAGCACACUGUCAAGGCUUUGCUUUCCACACAUAAAGACAUCAAUCAGAGCGCUCUAGACACCAUCAUAUCCUCUGCUAAAGCUUUCGGCAACGAUCGGCAAGUCACCAUGUCCGUUCUUCUUGUCAUGAACAAGGUCAGAAGCGACGGAGAAACAGCUAUACAUGGGAUGGCGAAGGAACUGCAAAAGUUGCUAGGCUCGGACAAUGCCGCAAUGGCCCCUCAAAUUUGGUCGGCUGUCACGUCGUUACUUCCCGGCUGCCUCGACAAAGGUCAAUUUUCCGCCAUUGCUGAAUGGCUGAAGGUUUUUGAGAUGCUUUUCAGAUCUACCAGGGAGGAUGUCAAGAUACAGGCCAACGUUGCCCUUGGCUUCCUCGUAUAUGCAGUACAGUUGAAGGAGAACACACCACAAGUGUGGUCAAAGAUGCUUGUCAGGAUUUCCCAAUCUCAACUUGAGCACCAGCGCGGCAAGAAAACAGAAAGGGAUGCAGCGACAGCCGCCUAUUUUGCUUUGCUGUACCAUGCCUUUGGACCCACCGCGACGCACAAACAGCUGGAUCGAUACUGGUUGGAUUUUGUUGCCGAUUUCUGGAGACCACUUGUCCGGCCAUCGUCUACCGGCCACUCGUCACUGAAGCACGCGUUUGCUGCUUGUCGGGUCGCGUCAGCUCUGUUCAAGGGCAACCGAAAACCCUGCGAUCCGCAGAGGACCCUAGACCUACGACCGCAGGCUAUGUUGCAGCUUCAGGACUUACCGACAUUGGAUCCCAAAUGGGUACGGAAGUCCGUUCCUUCUAUCCUAGAAUUCGUGGAGGUGCUUCUAGACGUAACACCAUGGACAACUGACGAUUGCAAAGACGAGCCGGCGAAGACGAUGUGGCUCUCUCUAUUGAACUCGUUGAACACCGCGAGCAGCCAAGAGGUCAUGGUCUCGAACGAUUCCAAGGAUGCAAUGGCACACCUGGUCAAUUCCCUACGACGUAUAUGGGACGGACAUGCUGCGCAAUUGGCGCUAUCCCAGCAAAAAGAGGAUAGUUGGGCUGACAAGUACUGCUUUCUGUUGGAAACGGUUGUCAUGAAGCUCGGUGCAGUGCGCUUUUCUGACAAAUGUCUUGCACGCAACGAACAGAAUGACUUUGAGGCUGCUGCGACACCGUCUCAUCGUUCUCGAUUACACGGUCCUCGUACAUCACCACUUCUCUACUUCGUCGAUUUACUUAUCAACCAGUCCGAAGGCAAAUUGUCUGACUCGCUAAGGCUGCGGGCAUUGAAAGUACUGGUCAAACCUUGUUUUGAUGCCCAGAAUACACGCUUGAGCAAAUUGGAGUUGGUUCGCGAUUGUUCCACCCUGGUCGAUGCGUCCACACGAACUCCUCUUUCUGACAGCUUCUGGUCAAUAGCCUGUACUUUGUUGACCGCUUGUCUUCAGGCAAACACAUCGGAUGGGAAGGAGCAAGGGUCUCGACAACUGGGUAAAGAGUACAAUGUCGUCGUUGAGGCAAUCUCUUUGGGCUUCGCGUAUCUGUCGAGAGAGCCUGCAGGGGAGCUACUUCUCAGCUCUCUUACGGACACGGUCCGACGAGAAGCUGGCGAGGGUGCCGUGAUACUCGCUGUCGUCGAAAAGAUGUCAGAGAAUGUCCUAAAGCGCACUGGAAUGGAAGCCAAGGUCACCUGCCUACCAUUUCUCAGCGUCAUCUUGCGCAAUCUUCCUACAUCAAUCGCCCGCAGGAUUGUUGAGCAGGGGCGCCAGAAUCUUUGGCCUUCAACUUCUACAUCAGGGAGAUCCGCUGACUUCGAUCCCUAUAAUCACCUCUACGAUGCAAUAGUGUCUAUUGGAUCUGCCGCGUAUGAACAUUUGAACGCGGACGACGCAAAUAUAACGGGCAGUUACAUCGAAGCAUUGGCGACCUCAGUGCGACAGUGCCCACCAUCUUUACUCGCUGUGUACUUGCGGAAAACCCAGGAGGCCAUACGCUGGUGGAUCGAGGAUCCCGAGAGGAAAUUACAAUCAAGGACUGCGUGGAUCAAGGUCCUACAAACCUCAGUGUUGCAUUUGUGGCAAGAGGUCUGUGCUGCCAUGCACAAAUUGCCGCGAAAUAAUGGCCAGAUUCUUAUUCAUUUAGAGCCAUUGAUCACAAGCGGCUUUGUGAGCCGAAGACGCGGGAUCGUUGAAUCAUCGAUUGCCGCGUGGAAUGCAACCUUUGGUAGAGAACAGGCACUGCGCUACCCAUCGAGACUCGAAGAGACUUUGCGUCGAUUGGGUAGUACAACUGAACUCUCUUUGCCCGGCCUUGAAGUACGGGAGGGCGAUGAUGUUAUUGCGCCAUCAAUCUAUGAUUCCGACAGUAACACCGAUGCGUCUGAGCCCAAGAAGCGAACGCCGCGUGUAAAAGUAGCUCCCUUUAAGAUAACAAAAUCGUCACGGAAAUCUCGCUCUAAAUCCCGGUCUCCCAUGGUGCCUAGCACCAGCACCAAGAAGGUUUCGUCUGGACGAACACCAAAGGGUCGUCUUCGCCAUGAAAACUCCCAACUUCAAUUCGAACCCAUCAUCUCUUCACCAUCGAAUCCGAACGACCAGGAGUCGCAGAUACUGACCGAGCGUCAACGGGAAGUGUACGAACGACAGAUGCGCUCAUCCAACGUAUAUGUCGACAUGCGCUCUAUGUCACCUCGACCAGCGCAAAUCGCGCGUGCUCGCUCACCUCUCGAAUUUCAUUCCGAUGCCAUGAGCGUUGAUAGUUUACCGGCAGUAACAUCCCGGACCCCACUGAGAAACGUACGGGCUCUAGGAGAGAUGGAGGUUUUUGUGGGUUCGUCGCCAACUCCACAAGCACGUACCCGCUCCCACGAGGUAGUGAGCGACCGAACUAGUAUGGCUACACCUACUGCGGUGCGCACAGCCCAAUCUGCCCAUGAUCACGAAGAACUAGGCUCGUCGCCUCCAAGGUUCGAAAAGGAGACCGUACAUCAAACCCGUGGAUCCCAACUUCGGGACGAGGUCGAGAGCUUCGAAGCGAACCAUGGCACGGGUGAUCGAUAUGGAGGCUCUUCCAUGUCCUUCGAUGAUGGAAUGACCAUCGAUGAGGCCGACUUCUUGACAGGGACCCCUGACGGGGAUCCUGACAAGGCAGUAGAGGAGCAUACAUCCGAAAUCGACGCCUCCGAUAUACCCAGCUCAACGCUGGACCUUCAGUUGACUGCGCAGCUGGACGCUGAGAUACAAGCCCAAGAGUAUGCUGCCGUUACCAAGACGCCAUCUCAACAGCUCCCUAGCAAAGAUGAAAGCACUGUGCUUGACCUUCCGGUAACCGAGAGCGGUCAGUCGAACACUGACACUACUAGCACUAGCCGUGUCGGAGACUCUUUCUCUAGCCUGGCGGCAGACUCAGAAACCUCGCAGGUACGCAGCCUGCGUCGUUCUGGGCGAACUCCAUCCACAUCCAGCCCUCAGUCGGUCAAUGCAAAGAAGCGCAAAUCAUCUUCGGGGCGUGGCCCCGGCAGGCCUAAGAAGAACAAGACUGAAGAAUCACCUAGCAAUGGUGUGGCCACAACGCCUCAAGUACAGGCUAUCUCGUCAAAUGGCUCUGCAGCAUCUCCGACACCUACCGGUCGUACAAUCAUUGUACCCGACACAACGCGUGCCCAGAGUAACCGCCGCUCAGCUUCGUUGCUGGGUCGGGUCGAGAACAGACCUGAGGACGUCGUUGUGGAAGACACCCCAGCGCCCAAACGAGCACGUCGAAGCAUCGACAAGGACGUGAGCGAAGCGAGGCAGAGUACGCCUACGACUUCUCAUCAAUCGAGGACGAUGCGCCUUGGCCAUGUCCGAGUCACGCCCCGACAUUCUGAUGCUCCAUCCGCGGUCCGCGAUUCCUCUGCUGCGGCCGGAGACGUGGACAUGCAGCACAUAACACAUGAAACGUCUGCUUCGGUAGAAACGCCGCUCGAUGUGGGCGAACAGAAUGCACAUGUUGCACUGCAGCUGCCAGACGCAACACGUGCCGCUAGUCAAGUGCACGAGAGCCAGGCUCAACUAGCCUCGCACAGCGCAGCCACACCUAGCCGCUCCUUCGCGGAGCGCGUCAUUCUUACCCCGCGAAGCAUUAUCGACAAACUCAAAGCAUUCAAGGAUGCACUUUUUGGGGCACCUCAACUAGCGCUCAAUCGGCAGGAGCACCGCGAAGUGGACGAUUUGAUGUUCGACAUCAGGAGGGCUGUUCACGCUGCUGGUGCACGGGGGGAGGAAACAAGCCAGUAGUACACGGUAUUGCUAGGUAGGAUCGCACGCUUGCGGGACGUGAUAGGUCUUUAGGAUGAAUAGGAGGAUGCAUGAUACCUGUAUGUAAUGUUGGGAUACAGCCGGUGGACUGGGCUGCCUCUGGGUUGGUAGAUAGUGACGAGUAUGGCGAAAGGACUCUGCCCGGCAAAAGCAACUAAGCAAGUGUGUGUGCCGUAUGCCAGACCGCGUGCGUGUAACUCACCAGCUCGACAGUGCUGGCAACUGAAGGUGAAGACGCUGCAGG